GUUUAGUUCGUGCAGUUUGUUUGAUGGAGUUGAUUCGUGUGACAUCACAAACUUCCUGUUUGUCUGAUAUGCAUCAGUUACUCAUCCAGCUAGAAGCAGUCUCUAGUGAACUUAGUAAAUUACAGUCUAAAGGUUCAAGUAUCCUUAACGGAUUCGCUGUUAUUUGGCUUAAUUUCUAUGGUGGUGUUAUGCUCAACGGCGUUUUAUGAAUAAAUGUACUGAGAACUGUGUCUUCAUUUUAGCGAAUAUUUGGUAUCUUAUGCUAAUCUUUCUCAAUCCUCAGUAGUAUGGAGUUACGAAUCAUUCGAUUCAGAUAACAUAGUGCCUCUAGGGUUCAUUUCUACUUCAAAGUUGUGAACAGAUGCUGGUACUAUGUGUUUGAGUAGUUAACUUUCUUAAUACACUAUUCGAUUCAAGAAAAAGUUUCCCUAUAUGUAAACAACUUAGUCCCAGUCUUUUAAUUGUUUUUGUGGGAAUCUCUAGAUGGUCAAUUGCAGAUGAGAGAAAUAUAAGACGUUGAAUUAUAAAACAGCCAACACGACUUUAACCUUUGGCGUACAAUAGAACUGUGAAACAGGGUUAAAGUGUUUGACUUCUCUUGUAAAUCUAAUUAAAAAGUGUUUUUAUAAUUUAGUUACUACCUACAUUAAUCGCUUUCGUGGUUCAUUGUUUGGGUUGGAAAAAUUUGCGAAUACCUGACGUUACGACAAGGGCGUAUAAUGCGUGCUCUCUACUUGAGAGGUCAAUUUAUACAGCUUAUGGCUACUUAAAGGAGUUUCAGACGGUUUUACUAGCAAGUGUCCGAUAUAGAACGCUUCACAACAAUGUGUCAAUUAAGGUUGUAACGCAAGAAAUUGUUUUUAAGACGUUGGUUACCGAGUUGAUUUUAAGUGCAAGUGCUUUAUAAGAUUCCACUCUCGUAUGGAUCAGUAACUGUAAUGCUAAAGAUAUCUCACUUAAUGAUGAACAAUUUGUUUCAAAACUUAACUCAUUGUUAUUUUGCUGCUUAGUCUUCAGAUUUUCCACACUUCCUCGCAUUCCACUUUUAUCAACGUGUAAGUAAUGCUCGACAGCCCGAUGUUAUACCUGCGUCUUCCAAUAUCUCUGCUUCACUUCGACAUCAUCUUCGUCGAGAAUGUUCUUCAAUUUGUACUCAGGCUACUUACCUGGUUCACUUAUUUUCAACCUCACUUAAUAAAACAAAACCUAAUAAGGAGAACGCGAUCAACUUGAAUACGUUAACGUGGAAGGAGCUAAUUAGUUUGACUGAUGAGGUUAUGUUAUCUGAAAUCUCCACAUUGGAUAUGUAUAGUUUUGAUACGGAUGACCAGAAAUCAUCCAAAACCUUUGAAAUGCAUGGUUCCCUUGACGAAUACUUAACAUCCCCUGACUGUUUAAAUCUUAUACUGUGGAUUUGUGCUCAACAGUUAUCAUUCUCGAAUGUAAGUGACGAGGAUUUUACUCUCAGCUUGCCUAGACUGGAAUUUCUGCUUAAAUCGGUCAAAAAACUAUUUCCCAAGUUGGAGUUUUCUUGUCCAUCACCUGUUUUUGGAUCACCUUCUGAGCUUAAAUCUGAUUCAACCGCAAAUGUUGAUCAACUUUAUCAAAUCGACGUAAUUUGUUUUCUGAUCACCUGUUUUCUUCAUAUUUCUACACGAAGUCUUUCCAAAACAAAUUCAAAUUACGCACAAUCUCUUAGGUCACAGUUAGCAUUUAACUCAACCAUUUCAGGUGUCGGACUCGAUUUUCUCUUCCUGCCUUUGUGUUUGAUACCUACUGUGCAACUUGCCACUUCUACACAGCGUUCAUGGUGGUCAUUACUUACCAAGAAUACAUUAGAAUUUAGUUCACAAAAUAAAUUGGAGGACGAUAAUCGUGCGUUUUUUCAGUGUGGUCUGAAUCAACUACGACUUAUAUUCCAUCCUACUCGCUGUCUAAAUUAUGAAGGUGGUAUUAUGAGUCCACCUUUUUUGUUUCGAGUUGCUCAAGGUCUCACUAAUUUAAUGAACUAUUGUUCAUUCAAUCGACUGGAAACUUUCGAAUCAUGGCCUUUACAAUACUGGUUAUUUGCUUUGAAGAAUCAUAUCUUAGGUUUUUCAGCUGAACAAAGUACCCCAGUCAUUCAAUCACAUAAUGCUUCUUUUUGUUCGGGUUACAAAAAAUUUGGCACCAAUCGUUGUUUUAGUCCUAUGGUGAAUCGAAAUAUGCCGUGCAAUAAAACAGAAUAUACUGGUUCUCAUAUCUUGUUUUUAAUACCGUCAAAUUACAACAGUUGGUGUGGUGUUUCAAAUGAUUCAAAAGACAUCUCUUCUUUAUGCAUUGAAUGGUGUAAACGGGGUUGGCUCUGGUGCUUAAAUACUAUUGAAGAUUAUUUUCAGACAGGUCGUGAAGUAAGCAAUAAUGAUAAAAAGCUUGUGAAAUUACUUAAUCGUUUAAGUGAUCAUGAUUCGUCGAUUUGUGACGCGACAGCCUAUUCACGUCUGAAUAAAAUUCUUGUUCAGUUGUCAAAAUCAAAUGAAUUUACUAGUCUUACAAAUACAGAAUCUCCAAGAAUUAAUCAUGAUCAACGAGUCAAAAGUCUACAGUCAGACCAAAAUUGUUUGCUGGUGUCACGAAAUACCUAUCCAGUAAACGAGUCUAAUGCUUAUAAUUCUAUUUCGUCAGUUCUCAGUAAUUCAGAUGCAAAAGAAAUGCCAACUAUAGUUUCACCUAUAGUUCAAAUGAACAAUUCACAUCUUAAUUCAUGUUCUGUUACAACUAACAACAAAGAUACAGAACGUUUACAAGUGAAUGCAAUGAACAGUAUCAAUCAAAUUAAGACUCAUUCACAAACUUUCAUAUCACCUUCAUCGGUUAAUACUCCUAUUCGUUCAACUUAUAUAACAGCAGAAAAUCCUAACCAUAAUGUUAACUCAACUCUUACUUGUUCAUUAACAGAAUUUUGCAAAUCACUACAAAAUACUACUGGUGUACCAUCUGCUAAUCGAAUGACAACAACAGCUUAUCGUCAGGAUUCUUGUCUAACUAAUCUAAUCAGUGUUUGGCAGACUUUAGUCAGUGGUCUGUCUUGUCAGUUAGCUGAAACAAAAGCUGAACUUACACGUAGUCGAGAGCUUAAUGAACAGUUAUCUAAGCAAUUAAAUGAGACUAGCAAACAGCUAUCAGAUGCAGUUAAUAAAUUUAUUGAAUUUGAAAAAAAUAAUCGAAUUGUUUCAACUAAGCCUUCAAUUGAUAUUACUGCACCAUCAGGAGUUAAUAUGUUUGAAAAUCCAAUCCGAGAACUUUCAGUUGCUAUUAAUGAACUUCGUCAUUGGCUUCCAGAGAGUAUGGCAGCUGCUGCUUGUGCUGCUGUCGAUGCGCGCUUAAAAACGUCUGUCCAAGCUCCUGUACCACCAUGUAGUCAGCAUCAGUUAUCAAGUCAUUCAGAAGUAUUAAUACAGUCAAAUAAUACGGCUAAAUCUGUCCAAGAAAAACCAAAGCUCAGUACUGUUAUUUCGUCACCCAAAUCAAAGGAUAAAGAUUUCGAACAAUCUCCUGAGGCUUAUGAACCAGAUGUACAUUUUACACCCGUCAUAGAAACACUUCCAGAUCUUGUUGAAUUGAAAAACGAAGAGGAAGAUGAACAACGUCUAUUUGGUGAACGUGCUCGUCUAUUCCAUUGGGAUAAGUCAAGUGGGAGUUGGAAAACUCGUGGACUUGGUGAUGCUAAAAUUUUAAAGAAUCCAAAAACUGGUAAAUGUCGCUUAGUUAUGAGACGUGAUCAGGUGAAAAAAUUAUGCGCAAAUCAUUUUAUUACUCCUUCAAUUAAACUAACUCUUUCAACGAAAGAUCAAAAAAUGGCUAUGUGGACAGUUAAAGAUUAUUCAGAAUCUAUGGAGGGUAUCGAUGAAUUGUUUAUGAUUCAAUUUAAAUCACCUGAAAUACUUAAUGAUUUCAGUAGAAUCUUCUCUGAAUGUACAAAAGAAACCAGUAUUGUAAAUACAUCCGUAAAGUUAAUAUCUGAUACUGUUAAUAAAUCACCAUUCAAAAAUGAUACUGCUGUUGGUGUAAAAUCAUCAGGACCUGUAACAGAAAGUGUUCAAUCAACUUUGAAUGUUAAUUCUAAGCCAUUAAAAGUAGACAAAUCGAAAAAUACUGUUCAAUCGACCAAACCGUCAUCGAACAUAGACCUGUCAAAGUUUGCUCCUAAAUUAGAUUCAUGGGAAUGUCCAACUUGUUUACUGUAUCAUGACUCGUCUGUUACUGUGUGUUCAGCAUGUCAAACUGCUAAACCGGGCUCUUCAGGAGAACAUUCAACUGUUACUUCUAAAGCUACUCUUUCAACAUCUUUAUUUGGUGGCAUUUUACAAAAUACUGGUGGUUUUGUAUUUGGAAAUCCAAAAGGUUCAGAGAUCAUGACUACUACCACUAAUACUACUUCUACUACUAAUGCUAAUAUUACUGAUUCUGUUAAAAUAGCCACAGCAACAGUUACAACGUCAACAACACAUAAACCUAUAUUCAGUUUUGUUGCCACCUCUCCUAAGCAACUUACAAAUGUAUUUCCUUCUAUAUCAUCAUCUCAGACACCAGUAACAAAGUCGUUCCUUUUUACUUCUCCAUUCACUACAAACUCUUCUACAUGCCCACCAUCGAUUCCUACGUUUUCUACUCCUUUAACAUCCAGUGCGUCAACUGACGAGAAAAAGACAGUUGCACCCAGUUCAGGAUUCACUUUUUCUUUUGGUAACGCAUUAUCUAAACUGAAUGAAACGAAUAAGCCAUUGACAGUUAAUUUUUCAACUCCUACUCUUAAUAGUAGUCAUCAUAACGACGAUAAUGAUGACGAUAAAGUCGAACUUCUAGAUGAUUCGAAAUUGACAUUUAAACCUGUGCUUGAAGUUAUGCCACAAAAGAUUGAAGUUGUAACCGGAGAAGAAAAUGAUGACGUUAUAUUUUGUCGUCGCGCCAAACUUUAUCGUUGGGAUAAUAACACUUGGCAUGAACGUGGAGUUGGUGACUUAAAAUUACUUCGUUCUACAAUAACUGGUGUAAUACGUUGUUUGAUGCGUCGUGAUCAUGUUUUGAAAGUAUGUUGUAAUCAUGUGAUCGGAGCUGGUAUGCAUUUAAAACCCAUGAACACUGGAGGUGGUCGUGCUUGGAGUUGGUGGGCUAUCGAUUAUUCUGAGCAGUCUGAUGAAGCUAACAAAACGACCGAAACUGAUUCGUCUGAUUUGGUUGGUGGAGGUAGACGUGAGACAUUUGCAGCUCGUUUUAAGCUUACUGAGGAUAGUGAUGAAUUUCGAUCACUUUUCGAGGAAGCUGUUCAAACGGCUGAGAACCGUGCCAAAACAUCUCAGUCAAGCGAAAUAAAACUGUCGAGUAAAGAAACAGUGGAUCUAGAUCAAAACGGUGAUGAUACGGACUCUGAUGUAGUUGUCGUUGAACUUCCUUUAAAGGUAUCAGAUGAUCAAUUAUCUAGGGCUCGUAGACUUAAAUUACCUGAUGAAUUUUACAGUUUUGAAAAUGGUCACAUAACUGGUGAAUCAGAGCAUCUUACAACACGAGAAGAAGCCGAAGAAGAUGCACUAUUAGAAGCUGCUGUAAAAAGUAACAGAGACAGUGGUACUACUACUACUACAGAACAUUCGGAUAGUGAUUCUACUGUUAAACUCACACCGACUUCUAAACAGCAAAACGUAACUACCGAGGUUCAGUGUACAAAAGCAGUUACAGCUUCUUCAUCGUCUCCCAUGUACAUCCCACAAGCCAAGGGUUUAAUUAGUUUUUCAACGUUGAGUAAUGCUGCCUCUAAAGACAGUCAACCAACAUGGGGUUCACCAAAUAAUGCUCCAACAUGGAGUAAUGUAGGUGCACAACUAUUUACUAAACCUGUCAAAGCAGCAACUGAACAAGAUGACGAAGAAACAUCUGACACAGAAAAUGAUCCUCAUUAUGAACCGAUUGUUCCAUUGCCAAAACUUGUUGAGGUAUGUCUUUCUUUCCAAUAGUAUAUCCAUAGUUUUCAAUUUG